AUCUCAAACCCAUAACAGGGUAACUACUUCCCAGUACAUAUUUGGAGUCGUUCCGGAGCUGUGCAACUGUGAACUGUGAACUGUGACCCACCCUGCUUCUUCUAUCUCUUCCAUAGAAAAAAUAUGGAUGAGCUAUUUGCCUUCUUGUCUCGACUGGAAAGAGCCUCAGAAGACGCUUUCUCACCCUACGAGAAAUGGCAGUUGAUUUGUGGCACUGUGCUGGUCACCCUUACAGCUUUGGUCUUGAAAGACCUCCUCGGCAAUCUGGAUGACGUAUGGGAGGCUCUCAAACGCUGGGUCUUCAGGAAAUUACGGGCAAUUCCCGCCGUCAGAAACUACAUCGCCGACCAGCUAGAUACGUCUAGGAAAGAGAUCGAAAAAGGCAUGUUUGAAGACGCAGCUGACUUUGACGUGCCGUUGUUGAAAGCUCUGCCUUCCCAUGGUUGGUCUAAGGAAGAAGUCGUUCGAGUUGCGAGCAACGUGCUUGGAGUAGGCAAAUACGACUGGAGGGAAGGCAAGAUCUCCGGAGGGGCCUUCGCGGGCUCCGACAAGUCCUUCACGGCCCUUCUGGUGGAGAUGUUUGGGCGUUACAGCUUCGCCAACCCACUCCACGCCGACAUCUUCCCAGGGGCGCGCAAGAUGGAGGCGGAGAUCGUCCGGAUGACGGUCAGCCUCUUCAAGGGCGACGGGCAACACUGCGGUUGUCUAACAUCGGGCGGGUCGGAGAGCAUCCUGAUGGCGUGCAAAGCGAUGCGCGACUGGGGGCGCGAGAGGAGGGGCAUCAGGUCACCCGAGGUCGUCAUGUGUUACACGGCCCACUCGGCCUUCGACAAGGCCGCCGGAAUUCUGGGCAUGAAGGUCAGGAAGGUGCGAGCUGACCCCCAGACUUUCAAGGUUGACCUCAAGGCCAUGAGAAGAGCUAUAACGAGAAACACAGUUAUGCUGGUUGGGUCGGCUCCUCAGUUCCCUCACGGAAUCAUAGACGACAUCGAAGCCAUUGGUCAGCUGGGGCUGAGGUACGGAGUUCCAGUGCACGUGGACUGCUGCAUGGGGGGUUACCUGUUGCCAUUCAUGGAAGCCGCCGGCUAUCCCAUACCUCCCUUUGACUUCAGGGUGCCUGGCGUGACCAGCAUUUCGGCCGACACCCACAAGUACGGAAACGCCCCAAAGGGCUCGAGCGUGAUCAUGUACAGCAGCCCAGAGUACCGCCAUCUCCAGUAUUUCGUGACUUCUGAUUGGCCCGGGGGCAUCUACGCGACACCUACGAUACCGGGGUCCAGACCGGGAGGCCUAGUUGCGGUGUGUUGGGCCGCUCUCCUGUGUCAUGGCUUCUCUGGCUACACAGAUGCAGCGAGGAAGAUCGUCAAGGCAGCUAGAACCAUAAAGACGUUAAUAUCUGAGAUACCGGAGCUGCGGGUGAUGGGAGAUCCUCAGGCAGGUAUCGUCGCGUUCACGAGCGAAGAGGUAAACAUCCUAAAAGUUGGAGACCUCAUGAACGAGCGCGGGUGGCAUCUGACGUUCGUUCAGUAUCCCCCAGGGUUACACAUCUGCCUAACGUCACUCCAAGCAACAAGUGACUUUGCUCAAAAUUUGGCCAGCGAUCUCAAGACCACCAUAGCAGAGCUCAAGCAAACAUCAGACUUGGAUGUUUCUGGAAUUGGCAAGGUUUAUGGAACAGCUGCUGGUAUACCAGACAAAUCUUUGAUUGGUGAAGCUGCCAAGAUAUUCUUGACUUGCUACUAUGACACAGGAUUCAAAGAAAACUCCUCUUCUAAAGACAUAUAAGGAGAACAGGAAACUGAAAAGAAUGAAAACUGAUACUGCAUAGAAAGAUCUGAGGCUACCUAAGUGGAAAUAACCUGAAAUGUGCUUGCAGUCUAAGGAACUAUAUUUCCCUUUGAAAUACACCCCUAAUAAAGCAGUUUAGCAAGCAAAAUCUCACUGGGGACAGUCCUCAGCAUGACUAUGCACUUAACAGCAACAGCUAGAGUGAUUAAAUGAUUAAACAGUAUUCAAAACAAAAUAUGCAGAGAAAAAACACUUCAGUAAACACAUAAGAUUAAUGAUAAGAACUCGAGACAUUUGUUUCAUGAAACAAACUACAUACUGUACAUUUCGAUACAAUACACAAAUAAUUGGUGACAAACAACAGCCAUUUGCAUUGCAGUAACUCAUACCUACAGUACUAAAUACAGCAGUAGCCCCCAAAGUCAUUUCAACUGUAUCAUUCUGUACCAAAUUUGUUGAAAUAUAUAUGUUAUAACAAAUAUUAAAUCAAAGAAUAAACAUUACAACUCUCUCACUCUCUGUCACACAUAAGUCUUAUAGCAUAGUUUACUUCUAAAUAAUUCUAACUCUUAAUCUAAAUCUGAAUUGUAACCGCUAAAAUAUUGAAGGCAGUAUUGAAUAGACAUUACUUACAGUAGUGAAUUUAAAACACUCAAAGAUAAUUGCACACUAUGCACCCUUCGAAAUUAUUCUGACAAUAAUAUACAAUUGCUAAAACAGUUGACAUUGAGGAGGAAUUCAAGUUGCUGAGAGCAGGUUCACAGAUAAGAAAAUAGUUAUGAAUUUUGAAACGGGGAAGAGAGGGGGGUGCAGCUCAUAAGGUUGGUCAUGUUGACAACCUAACUAGAAAGAAAAUGUUAUAACGUAUGAAGAGUUAAUGUAAGACCUCAUCAGCAACCUGGCUGCAAGGAAGGAAUAUCUGCAGAAUGUUGAAAAUAGAUAGAGCAAAGUUUCAAUUAUUAUUGAUAAAUCACCUGCUGGAUAUAGUAAGCAUUACUUUUUGAAAUGCAAUCCAAUUGUCAGAGACUUAAUUCAUAAGAAUCAGGAAAAGCUAGAGGGGGGUUUGUAAUGUAAAAGGUAGUUAUCACAUCACUAAGUAUUUCUAUUAUUAAAGGUAUGGUCACAUGCAAGACAAAUGGCUUCUAAAGAAAGAGAGGAUGGUCCAUAUUGUGGCACACCGGCAGCACAUCAUGGAACAUGCAUUACUCGAUAAAAAUUGUAUAAAGUUCAUCAGGUUUUAUAAUUUUACCUGAAUUAUGUGGUGAACGAGAUGAUGUAAAACAGAGGAGGAGACUGAUCCCAUCAGAAACACAAUUGACUAUGGAUACUAAUUAUAAAUGGUUGUAAAUAAUAUGGGAUUUUACCAACAUUAGUUGGAUGGAAAUGAAACAUGAAAUUAAGUUCCAGCCUCAGCAUCUGAGGCACUAUAAUUAUGGUGUUAAACUCAGUAAAAAAAAUAUUUUGCAGCAAUAGUGAGAGCUUGAGGCACUAAAAUUAUGGUGUUAAAUUCAGUAAGCAAAUAAUAUGCAGCAAUAGUGAAAGCCUUUGUAAAAUGAAUUCCAAGACUGCUUCAAAAAGAUAUUGAAAACAUUCAUAUUUAGUGACUGCUACACCAGUGAAAACAAGAUUAGUGAUGUUUCCAGAAUAAAUUAACAUGAACUGCCUUUUUAAGUAGAACUGCUUGCAUCUUUUUUGAUGGAGUGUGACCAAGAAUCAAGAACAUCCAGUAACAACCUGUGCCAAAUCUCCGAAAUAAAAGCUUGUGAACAUAAUUUGGCAGCUCCAUAAGAAUGCUAUGAGUCUCCUCUGACAUCACAAGUUUAAGCAAGCAGAAGUCAAAAGUGAGCUGAUCUCAUGUACAAGCACCAAUACUUAAUUGUUACUCUGCAAUUGGUCAUAACCUAUAAGGCUUUGGAAUAACCUGUCUUACCAAAAAUGGGAUAGUACUGGUUACUAGGUACUUUUUAUGUUCCAGGACAAGAAAAGUUUGCAAGUACCAUGAGAUCUUAUGCAGUGCAUUGUUACCUACACAAUAAACAUUCCAACCAAUCGUUGUCGCUGCCCUGACUUUUCUUUUAACUUUAACACCUGUAAUUGUAAGAGCAAGAUACAUGCAAUGUGCAAGUAUACGGCAGUGAAGGCGAGUUCUGGGAAGGCCUUGAAACACUACUAAGGUCCCUGCUUCUGAGCCUCCUAUUUUCGUAAUAUUUUGUCGACUCUGC